GGAGUGCUAGUAACAAUUCUGACUGCUAUAAAUAAUCCUGACUAUACUUCUGCAAUUUUCAUUUCCAAAAAUGCUCUCAGAGCCAAACCUCACAACUCCAAUUCCUGAUGGUGAUGGUGGUAUUGGUGGCUGUCCACCAGUUGGUAUUCAACUGGAGGGCGUGAUCCUACCGCCAGUCCUCACCAUUGAUGUCAUACUGGGGUUGCUUGGAAACAUAGUCGCCCUGUGGAUCUUCUGCUUUAAACUGAAGGCUUGGAACCCCAACAACUUGUUCCUCUUCAACCUGGUCAUUGCUGAUUUCCUGGCUCUUGUGAGUCUCCCGCUGAGGAUCGAUGCCUUACUCAGGGGCUACUGGGUGUUUGGAGAUGGCUUGUGCAGGAUGAACCUCUUCCUGAUGUUUUCCAAUCGCUCGGCCAGCAUCGCACUCAUGACUGUGGUGGCCAUUUACCGCUACUUUAAGGUGGUCCAUCCUCACCACUGCUUUAACCGCAUGAUCAAGCAUCAGGCUGCAUUUGUUUUGCUGUUUGUCUGGCUCUUGGUGAUCAGCGUUUGGAGUCCGAUACUGGCUUACAACCAUAUCAAGAACAUCCGCAACAACACCCAGUGCUUCUUCUUCGCUUCAUACAAGGAGGAUGGUUUCAUGAUCCUAGUGGGCACAUAUCGUAUCCUGAUGGUCCUGGAGUUCAUCCUCCCACUGGCCAUGCUGCUCUUCUGUUCCAUCCAGAUCUCCAGAUUCCUGAAGAAGCAACAGAUGGGGAAAAUGAACAAGGUGCACAAGGCGAUGCAAGCGUGUGUCGUCAUCAUCGUGGUGUUCAUGGUUUGUUUCCUGCCCACCACGGUGACGACCAUCGGGGUGUGGGUCAUCCGCUCGUAUCGCCCAUGGGACUGUAACGCCUUCUACACCUUCACCCAGCUCACCAUUGCGUCUUUUGGGUUGAACUUCCUGAACUCUGCUCUGGACCCCAUCGUUUAUGUGUUCUCCAGCACCAUGUUUAGGAGGGCGCUGAUGGGUGCUCUGCCAAAUCAUUUUGUCUCGUUUGAAUUGCGUCAUUUUCGUAAAUUUCACUGGUCUAGUUAAUACCAGGCUGCUUCUCAGAUCUCAGAGUCGGUCUGGAAAGGCUUCAUUGACUUAUGACUUACAGGGGUGUAACCCGUGGUCAAAUUCAACUUAAAUUGGUGCAUUAAACUCUUACCAAAUAUUUUAAUUAUGUCUUUAUUAUGUGAGCUACAUGUUCUACAGGGAAGUACAGCGGGUUUCAUUGUCGGUGUUGGGUGUUUUCUGCUGGUUUGAUGUUCGUUUGCGGAGCCAACCAAUUGUUUGGUUUGCCGCGAUUUUGCUCACAUUCACUCAUUGCUAUAUCAUUAACUUCAUUCUUAUCAAUAACAAUUACAUAGUGUGGUACCCACAAGCUCAACCUCCAUUUGCCAUGUGUUAUUGUCUGUAUAUUGUCCAUAAUCUGGUUAAUGCAUACUGUACAUCUACUCACAACACUUCCUGGCACUUUGAGUUCUGUUUCCGUGCCAUUGCGGAAGCGCUCUCCACACAGGGACCGAACAUUUUAACCAUUCUGCAGGGGUAGGGAGCAGGGCAUUGUGCAACAGGAGUGUUUGAGUCAUUCUUUUGGUGGGAUUAUUUCUUUAUGCCUUGUUAUGUAUGUAUUUAUAACAAAACUAUAUUGUUUUCGAAACAUACAUUUUUGUUGUUUUUAAAUAUUAUGUUGAUGACAUCCCCUAAAAAAGACAAGUAGAACGGCUAACAACCGGAUUCAUGAGGUCAUUAUCCUUUUGAAAUAACUUCAGCCACCGUUAAUGCCACGGGGCAAACGUGUUUCUUAGCGUCUUGAAACUUUCUUCUGUGAACUGAAAGUCCGAUCAAAUUUCAUUCAAAGGCAGUCCAUAAUUCAAAUGAAAUUGUUUUCUAACGAAAAAGUCCCAACUUUUAUAAUAGGCCCAAAUAAUAGAAUAUUUAUAGGCAAGAUGUUUGUAGUGCUUCGGAAAAUGGGACAUUUUAUAUUUAAUCAAAACCGUUCAGUCCGUAAUUCAUUCUCCCUCCUUCGCAUUCGGUUUGGAAAGAAACAGCAUAAGAGAGCAUAAACCAUAGUUUCUCCAGUAGGCCUAUCUUAUUUUACAAAUUUGACAACAGCCAGCUUACAUUUCAAAUAAACAUAGCCUAGAGGUUUGUUGUGCGUCGGAAAAUGGGACAUUUUAUUUUUUAAUUGUUUCCCGCAUUUAGAAUCAAGAAUAACAUUCGUGAACCAUUUUGUUUUGUUGCCAGCAUAAAAACAAGCGUACCAUCGGCCUAUCCACACAUUUGAAAUAAAAUGUAUGAAUUGACCCAAAAACGAGAACACAGUUGUGCUUAGGACAUAGGCUUAUGCUUUUAGUGGUUAGGCCUACCUCAUGAAACCAUUAGUGACAGCAAAACAAACCUAAACGAAACAGCCAGAUGCCUCUUCAUAAAAUGGGCUAACAGAAGACACCUUCAUAAACAAUAACAAGUUUUGUCGUGAGACUAGGCUAUUAAAAGCAGAUAAGAUGUUCAGCUUGCUUCGGGAUUGAAUUCAAUUUGGGACUGUUUGGCUAGUGGUAAAUGCCGAAAUUCCUAACCCUGCUCACAAGUGUCACCUGGUGGUUGUUUGGGACAUUGCAGCUUCACUUGGGAAAAUAAAUAAAAUACACGUGAUUCACGUGUGAUUCUCAUGAGAAUCUCACGUGAAAGCGGCCAAUGUCAACCAACGCCCACUGUAUAUCAUUAACUUCAUACUUAUCAAUAACAAUUACAUAGUGUGGUACCCACUAGCUCAACUUCCAUUUGCCAUGUUUUAUUGUCUGUAUAUUGUCCAUAAUCUGGUUAAUGCAUACAUCUACUCACAACACAACCCUGCCCACGCACCCCAGUGACCCAUUACCCUCCAAAAUUACUAAUGGAUUACUGAUGGACUAUUUAUUCCCUAUACUGGACUGUUUGAACCUUCUGAUACUACAAAUGACUUUACUCUACUGUAACUGACCCUAGGCAAAUGGCUUGGGCCCUUGAGUCGUGGAUCUGUCUGAGGUUUCUUCCUAUAUGUAUCUCC